AGAACCAGCACACAUUACUUGCACCGGUGCAAACUUGACAAAUCGUGUAACAAAAAUGCGAGUAAUUCAUACUCCCCCGCAUAAUCUCCAAAUCAAUCAGUCGUCAGCUAGAAGUGCGUGUGAAAGCAGCAAAUUAUUUGUUCCUGUGCAAUUGAAUUUUUCAACAACAAAAAAUCAAACCAAAGGCCUUUCUUAAGGCCACACCCCCCCAUUCCACCAUGUCUAAAAGGGUCCCCCCUGUUAAGUCGAUGGACAAAGUGGGAUUUGGUCCUCUGGAUAAAUUUAUUCAGAAAAGACCACGGUCAUCAACUCCUGGUUUUGAUCAAUCAGAAAACCACGAAAAGGGGAAGGAGAAUGCUGCGCCUCGUGUUGUUUUGACCGGUCAAACUGCUGUCAAUAUUGCCAGGGGAGAUGAUCAGUCCUUACGCCCGGCCAUGCCAAAACCAUGUACUUCGUCCUCGAUGAUGACAGCUGUUCAAAGCGCAGUCGAACAGAGUGGACUGGACGAUUCGGGUGUUAUAGAUUUAACGUUUAGUGAUGAUGAAGAGACUGAUCACGAUGUAGCGACAUUGGAGAAUACGGACGAGGUCAGCCCCCAACCCGGCCCUUCACGCGGAAUCCCAGUUCCUCAUUACCGAUACGGAGAUUUGUCGGACAAUGUAUACCAACAGUUCCACCGCGAAGUUUUACUGGAUAGGCUUGACGAGGUGAUGAAGAUGAAGGUUCCGGUGCGCAAUGAGACCAAAAGAUUGGAAUUGGAAAAUGCCGCAGAUUGGGGGCAGCAACGUCGAAAAGAUAAACUAGUUGUUCAAUUCGACACAAAAAUUCCCGGCUCAUCCAUCAAGGGAUACUAUAUCCUGAAAGCUGAUGGAAAGAGAAACAAUCUAUUUUCAUAUUAUAAGCGGACUUUUAAAGAUGGGAUAUCUCAGUCUCACCGAGAAAGGAAUAUGGCGUAUAAAGAUCCAGACCAUCCGCUGUAUGACACCAUCAAGUCGAGCAAGUCGAGUUCGAAUGACAAACGCCUCCCCUUGGACAUCGUUUACAUCGCCACAUUAUUCGCCAAGGAACAUGUGAAAAUGAGUUUAAUUGACAUAAUGAAGAAAGAAUUAGGACCAGUCCUAGAAGAUGAAACUCUUUUCCGGCUGCUGUAUUACAUUGGGAUUUGCGGUGGUCAUCGUGGUUUUUUUUCAAUGAGGGACACUCACUUUACUGCAGCCUUAAGGCCCAGCCAUAUUUACAUCCGUACUGUUGGGAGCCCAAAUCCGCUGGCUUGUAUGCAGAACAAAGUCAUUUUGUGCGACUCCACUGCGACAAAACAAAGUGUUGAAGGAUUUUUGAUGGCCUACGCGAGAAAGACGAAUGAAUUACUUGGCUAUGAACGGUACAUUGACACAGAGACGGCUUCUCCCGAGUUUGAGUACAUAAAAAAGGCCAUGAAAUACGCAGAAGACAAAGUUCCCCUCUUCCGUAUUGUAGAAAAAGGGGACCGGUCCCAUCCUCCCCUUUGGGCCACCAUGGAACAAGCAACCACUCUUCCUUACACCAUCACUGAGGACGAGCUCAUUCUCCGCUUUGACCCAGAUAGGCCAGAGAGAAGUUGGGGACCCCCCAGACAGCUACUUUUACACCAACGACAAAUCCCGAAAUGA